AUGCGUUUGAGCGGGAGCUUGGUGGCGGCGUGUGCGCUGACCGCGGUGGUGGUGGUGCUGUUCAUGCUGCGCCUGCAGAGGCACGGCGGCGGCUGCUAUGACGAUGACGUCGGGGCUAGUGGUGGUGGUGCAAGGGUGGACAGUCGCAAGUAUCGUCGCAUCAACGCAGACGCUGGACCCGUGCUGUUUGUCGCAGUGUUCUCUGCAAAGGAAAACAAGCUGCAACGCGACACCAUUCGACAAACCUGGAUGGCCAACCUUCCAGCUGGGACCAUGGUGCGGUUCUUCAUCGGAAGCGGGCAAGUCACAGACGAAGACCUGAGGGCUCUGAGAGCCGAGAGCAACAAGAACAAGGACAUUGCAUUCCUGCCACAAGUGGUCGAGUCCUACACUUCGCUCAGCGACAAGCUCAUCGAGACACUCAAGUGGAUCGACGACCUGUACCCAGACAUUGAGUUUGUGACCAAGACGGACGAUGACUCCUUCGUGCGCGUGGAUCGUAUCCUCGAGGAGCUGCGCACCCUCGACUACUCUGACACGAAAGGGUUGUACUGGGGGUACUUUGAUGGCCGAGCACCUGUGCAGCGACACGGAAAGUGGGAAGAGCACGACUGGUUCCUGUGCGAUCGCUACUUGCCGUAUGCGCUUGGCGGCGGCUAUGUCAUCUCCUCCACCGUCGUCGACUUUAUCGUCAACAACCAUCACCUCCUCACCAAAUACAAGAGCGAGGACGUGUCCAUGGGCGUGUGGACGUCGUCCCUCAACAUUGUCAGGCAGCAUGACCAGCGCUUUGACACAGAGUGGAAGGUGGGUUGA